AUGGCAGGGAACCUGAAGAAAGGCGGGGGGCUCAUCGGAAUGAUGAAGGAUGCCUUCCAGCCACACCAUCACCACCUCCACUCCCAUCACCAGCCCGGGGCCGUGGACAAAAAGACGGUGGAGAAAUGCUGGAAACUGAUGGACAAGGUGGUGCGCCUGUGCCAAAACCCCAAAUUGGCUCUGAAGAACAGCCCCCCUUACAUCCUGGACCUGCUGCCAGACACCUACCAGCACCUGCGCACCAUCUUGUCUCGCUACGAGGGCAAAAUGGAGACUCUGGGGGACAAUGAGUACUUCCGGGUCUUCAUGGAGAACCUAACCAAGAAGACCAAGCAGACCAUCAGCUUGUUCAAGGAGGGCAAGGAACGUAUGUACGAGGAGAACUCGCAACCCAGGCGGAACCUCACAAAGCUGUCGUUGAUCUUCAGCCACAUGCUGGCUGAGCUGAAGGCCAUCUUCCCCAACGGUCUGUUUCAGGGUGACAACUUCCGCAUCACAAAGGCAGAUGCUGCAGAGUUCUGGAGGCGUGCCUUCGGGGACAAGACCAUUGUGCCUUGGAAGGUGUUCCGUCAGUCGCUCCACGAGUUUCACCCCAUCAGCUCCGGUCUAGAAGCCAUGGCCCUUAAAUCCACCAUAGACCUCACCUGCAACGACUACAUCUCCGUCUUUGAGUUUGACAUCUUCACCAGGCUAUUCCAGCCUUGGUCGUCCCUACUGAGGAACUGGAACAGCUUGGCGGUUACUCACCCAGGGUACAUGGCCUUCCUCACCUAUGAUGAGGUCAAAGCACGGCUGCAGAAGUUCAUCCACAAGCCUGGCAGUUACAUCUUCCGACUGAGCUGCACGCGGCUGGGCCAGUGGGCGAUCGGCUAUGUGACAGCAGAUGGAAACAUACUCCAGACCAUUCCUCACAACAAACCCCUCUUUCAGGCCCUCAUCGAUGGCUUCAGGGAAGGGUUCUAUUUAUUCCCUGAUGGUCGGACCCAAAACCCAGACCUGACAGGACUGUGUGAGCCUUCGCCUCAAGACCACAUCAAAGUCACACAGGAGCAGUAUGAGCUGUACUGUGAGAUGGGCUCCACUUUCCAGCUGUGUAAGAUCUGUGCUGAGAAUGACAAGGAUGUGAAGAUUGAGCCCUGCGGUCAUCUCAUGUGCACCUCCUGUCUCACUGCAUGGCAGGAGUCAGAGGGUCAGGGGACGGGAUGCCCCUUCUGUCGCUGUGAGAUUAAGGGUACUGAGCCCAUCGUCGUGGAUCCCUUUGACCCAAAAGAUCCCAAGGAUAACAGCGGGGGCUCCUGCAGGGGCACAUAUGGAGCUGAGGGGGCCCCAUCACCCAGCUAUGAUGACGAUGAUGAUGACAGACUUGAAGACCCCCACCUCAUGAUGAGCAAACUUGCCUGUGCAAAGGUGGAGCGCCCCCCAUCACCCAUGUCCAUGCCUCCUCAGUCCUCUCUCCCCCCUGUGCCACCUAGACUUGACCUGCUAACACACAGACCUCCCAACCCCCCUGGCGCGUCCAGUCCCGGGGUCACCACGAAGGCAGCAUCUCAGCACAAAGACAAGCCUCUCCCCCUCCCCCCAGCACUGAGGGAUCUCCCCCCUCCUCCUCCACCAGACCGCCCCCACACAGCCGGGUCAGCUCCCGAUGGACGGCUGCAGAGGCGGCCGCUACCCUGCACUCCCGGGGAACCCACUCGAGAUAAGCACCCACCUCCGCCCCCGAACCGGCCCCUGGCUGACUGGAACUCCCGGCCCGUCCCCAAGGCCCCCACCUCCUCGUCCUCCUCGUCCUCCUCCUCAUCUUCCUCGUCCACGCAAGUCUCCAGUUUGGGAGUGGACCUCCGAGCAGGUGUCAGGGAGCUCUCCAACAGGCACUCCCUCCCCUUGGCGCUGCCCUCAGCUCUGGACACACGCUCAGACUCACAGAAGAACAACAGCUCCCUCAGUCUGGACCACCAGCUGAAUUUUACAGCAGUAGUUGGUCAAGAUUAUGACAACCCCAAAGUCAAACCCUCAUCCUCAGCCAACGCCAUCUACUCGCUGGCAGUAAGACCUUCUCCAGCUCCGAGGCCGGUGACAGGAGAGGAGUCGCGUGACAGCGAGGAGGAGUCGGAGUACAUGAUCCCCUCCUCUCGCCCUGUCCUGCCCCCCAUCACGGCACCACUUGUAGUGGAGUCCCAACCAGUUCUAAGGCAUCCUCAGCCACAGCCUCUAUUGUCACUCCAGACUCAGAGCCAAGCCUCAGCACACAACUCACGACUUACGCUAGAGUUAGAGGAUGGACCGCUAAUGUAUGAAGCCAUGUACAACAUCCAGUCCAGGUCACAACAAGCCAGAGAUUCAGACUACUCAGAGUUGCCCCCGCUGGCGAUAAGCAAUGGUCCCAGAGACCACGCAGCCGAGGACAGGGAAGAGGAGGAAAACGGCUAUGACUUCCCCAAACCUCGACUGCCGAUGCCUCCCGCCCGAAGGACCCUUUCAGAACUGGGAGGGUCGACUUCCUCCUCAUCAUCUUCUUCAUCGUGCUCAUCCUCCACAGCUGCUUUCAGCCGACUUUCUCUAGAUGCAGAUGCUGGAGCUGCAGCGGCCUUCUCAGAGCUAGUGGAAGCACCAGAGAGACCUCCAAAGCCCCUGCCCAGAAGAAUCAACUCCGAGCGUCGCCACAGCCCCGUCCCGCCCGUCCCUGCUCCACCCAGCAGCACGGCGUCAGGAGGAGAAGCCAACCCUCAAAUCAGUAGCGAGAUCGAGCACCUCAUGAGUCAGGGAUACUCUUACCAGGACAUCCAGAAAGCACUGAUGAUUGCACAGAACAAUAUCGAGAUGGCCAAGAAUAUCCUCCGCGAGUUCGUCUCCAUUCCCAACACCGCGCAUGUUCUUACAUAGCACACUCCUUGUGCCUCUCUCUCAUGUUUGCUCUCUCGCCCUAGCUUGGCCAAGCCUGGUUGGGUCUAGGUUGGCACAGCCCAGCUCCAAGCCCAAAGCCCAUUGCCUGCAGCACUGCCUCCGGUGCUGGCUGACGCCCUACGCCCCCUGUGGAUUUUUAACUGGCUGUUACUCCAGCGAUCUCACAGCAGCAUCUCUAGGACUGCGUGCCCUGCACUCCAUGCGCUUUUCAACAGUGUCUGGCCUCCUUUAAAACUGCUCCAGCAGGCCUCUUUGUCAAGGACAUUCGAGCGCGUGUGGAAACAAUGACGGGACGCCACGUGGCGCGAGACAUUUCAUAAGAAUCCUGAAGAAGACGGAUUCCUACCUUUUCAUGUUGAAGCCUCUUGCUGAAAAUGUAACCAACACCUCACAAAUAAAACUAAAAAUGUAUGUCUAUAUGAAAAUUUAAUAUAUGAGUAAAUAUAUAUUAAAUGUGUGUAAUAUAUACAGUACGUGCAUAUACAGUAAGUAAAAGAUUUCAUCUUUGAGGGUCGCUGUUGGUACAAGCGAUACGAGUAGACGGGGACCAGAUUAUGGGGGGGUUUGGCCCUUUUCUGGCAGACUGAGGUAUGUGAGAGUGUGGAGAAACACAUGCAAGGAGGAGGACAAGUCAUCCUCAGCAGGAUACGUCAGUCAGCAGCAGCUUAGUGAGCUUUUUCAUGAUGAUUCAGUCUGUUAUGGCCUUUGAUUAACAACGUUGCUUUGGUACUUUUUUUUUCUCUUUUUUUUUUUUUUUUUUUUAAACAAACAUGCUUGUUUUCUCGUGUUGUAUUUUCUCAAAGUAGCAUGACGAUGGUUUCAGGUCUGGACUGUUGUCUGGCAGUGUGUGUCCGUGUGUGUCCGUGUGUGUGUGUGUGUGUGAGCAUGCGUGUGUGUCUGCCAGACCCCUUUCUCCUCAUGACCUGCUCUUAAAACGACCCCCCUGCUCCUGUACAACAUGAAUGUGGAAUUCCAGUCAGUAUACUCUGUAAACGUACUACUGCUCUAACUCAUAUGGCGGGGCCUAGUGUAGCUGUAGAGCCUGGCGGUGAGAUUAUUAGAGGACGUACUAAUGUUGACGACCCUGCAGUACCAGACAGGCUAGUGUUGUGUGAAACGUGGUUGGUUGGCUGAUUUUGUUCUGUCUUCGUCUAACUUCACUGGUUGGCUGGUUUGGAUUCCUCUCUUCCAGCUCCAGUCCAGGGUGAAACAAAAAAAAAAAAAAAAAUGUCAUUGAUUUACUUUGGUAAUAUAUUAUUGUAAUAUGAUCAUAAAUAUUGUUAUUAUAAUUAA